AUGCCUUGCAUGCAGAAACAGAUACUUCGACUUGCUGUCAAGCAAUCGCUCAAUCCGUUCGAUGAGCUGUCUAUGGAAGACGCGGUUAGGUUGCAGGAACACAUGCAGUCAGUUGAGGAGAUUGUUGCCGUUUCUGCAGGACCGCCCAAAUGCCAGGAUGUCCUCGGAACCGCAAUUGCCAUAGGAGCAGGCAGACUCCAUGGAGCCCUUGGUAGUUGCAAGACUGCUUCAGGCCGUGGCAAGAGAAGAAAAGUCAAACCUGGCUCUCUUGGACAAGCUACGCAGGCGAGCAAGAUCGAAAUCGAGGGAGACAGUGACAUGGCCACGAGGGAGAUAGAUGGAGGAACACAGACGAUCGAGGCUCAGCUAUCCAUGGUGGUAACGAUUAAUCUACGGCUGAACGAGCCACGUUAUGCUACACUUCCGAGCAUCAUGAAAGCCAAGAAGAAGAAAAUCGAGCAGAGGACUCUCGAAGACGAUGGCGUGAAAGAUGGCAAGCUGCUAUAA